GUGCCGUCUCAACUCAGGUGAGGUGCGGCUCCGGAGAGUUCAGCUCGGGGGAAGGAAUCUGCCAGAGGAGAGGAGAGGAGAGGAGAGUGAAACGAAUACUCGCCGGGGACGGAAUCUUUCUUUUUUUGGCGAACACUGCAGUCGUUUGUUAUUUUAUAUUGUGAGGAGAGGUGGGGGGGUGGGGAAAAUACCCAGACUGCGUGGAGUUGAGGGAAACCUGUGAGGGGGCUGAAAGUCUAAGGAGCAGAGCGGCAGUCCAGGAUAAAGAAAGUCUCCUUCACUCUCUCUCCUUCCCUUUGCCCGUCUGGCUACGCUGCCGACAGACAGGGGGAACCAUGGCGGAGCAGGAGAGCCUGGAGUUCGGCAAAGCAGACUUUGUCCUGAUGGACACGAUCAACAUGUCAGAGUUCAUGGCAAACCUAAAACUGAGGUUUGAGAAAGGCAGAAUUUACACGUACAUUGGUGAAGUGGUGGUUUCUGUUAAUCCUUAUCGCCCUAUGAAUAUCUACGGGAAGGACACCAUUGAGCAAUAUAAGGGACGGGAACUGUAUGAGAGACCACCUCACCUAUUUGCUAUUGCGGAUGCAACAUACAAAGCCAUGAAGAGGAGGUCUAAAGACACCUGCAUUGUCAUAUCUGGGGAAAGUGGUGCUGGCAAAACAGAAGCAAGCAAAUACAUCAUGCAGUUCAUUGCAGCUAUUACAAAUCCCAGCCAAAGGCAGGAAGUGGAAAGGGUAAAGAACAUGCUAUUAAAAUCAAAUUGUGUAUUGGAAGCCUUUGGAAAUGCUAAGACCAACCGCAAUGACAAUUCUAGUCGAUUUGGAAAGUACAUGGAUAUUAACUUUGAUUUUAAAGGUGACCCUAUUGGAGGCCACAUCAAUAACUAUCUGCUGGAGAAAUCUAGGGUUAUUGUGCAGCAGAGAGGAGAAAGAAGCUUUCACUCCUUUUACCAGUUACUGUUGGGCGGACCUGAAAAGUUGCUGCGAUCUUUGCAUAUUGAAAAAAACCCUACUGCCUACAAUUUCAUCAAAGGUGGAGGAGUAGUAAAGUCUGCUAUAAAUGAUGCUGCUGACUUUAAGGCUGUCGCAGAUGCUAUGAAAGUGAUUGGAUUCACAGCCGAAGAGAUUCAGACAGUUUACAAAAUCCUCGCCACUAUUCUGCACCUGGGAAAUUUGAAAUUUAUGAUGGAUGGUGACUCCACUCUCAUUGAAAACAGUAAGUUGGUGUCAGUCAUUGCAGAACUGCUCUCAACAAAAGCUGAUGCAGUAGAAAAGGCCUUGUUGUAUCGCACCGUAGCUACAGGACGUGAUGUGAUUGAUAAGCAACACACAGAUCAAGAAGCCAGCUAUGGACGGGAUGCAUUCGCCAAGGCAAUAUAUGAUCGCCUAUUCUGUUGGAUUGUCAACCGAAUCAAUGAUAUUAUUGAAGUUAAGAAUUAUGAUGCCAGAAUCCAUGGGAAAAAUACAGUUAUUGGUGUAUUGGAUAUCUAUGGUUUUGAGAUCUUUGACAACAACAGUUUGGAACAGUUUUGCAUCAACUAUUGCAAUGAGAAGUUACAGCAGCUUUUCAUCCAGCUUGUCCUGAAACAGGAACAGGAAGAGUACCAGCGUGAAGGCAUCCCCUGGAGACAUAUUGACUACUUCAACAAUCAGAUUAUUGUGGAUUUAGUAGAGCAACAACACAAAGGGAUCAUUUCAAUUCUUGACGAUGCCUGUGUUAAUGUGGGAAAAGUCACAGAUAAGAUGUUCUUGGAAGCCCUGAAUAACAAACUGCAGAAGCAUGCUCAUUAUUCCAGUCGGAAGCUUUGUGCAACUGACAAGACCCUGGAGUUUGAGCGGGAUUUCCGGAUUAAGCAUUACGCUGGGCAUGUUGUAUACUCGGUUGUUGGCUUCAUUGACAAAAACAAGGACACUCUGUUCCAAGAUUUCAAACGGCUAAUGUACAACAGCUCUAAUCUUGUGCUGAAGACUAUGUGGCCAGAGGGAAAACUCAGUAUUACGGAGGUGACAAAACGUCCUUUAACUGCUGCCACCUUGUUUAAGAAUUCCAUGAUUGCAUUAGUAGAAAACUUGGAAUCAAAAGAGCCUUACUAUGUUCGAUGUAUUAAGCCCAAUGAGCAGAAAUCUCCGCUCCUGUUUGAUGAACAACGCUGCCAGCACCAGGUGGAAUAUUUAGGUUUAAUGGAAAAUGUGCGUGUUCGUAGGGCAGGAUUUGCUUACAGGCAGACUUAUGAAAGAUUCCUGCAGAGAUACAAGAUGAUUUCGGAGUUCACAUGGCCAAACCACGAUAUGCGAUCUGACCAAGAAGCUGUUAAGAAGUUGGUAGAGUGCUGCGAGUUUCAGCACGACGUUGCUUAUGGGAAGACAAAACUCUUUAUUCGGACACCAAGAACUUUGUUUACUCUAGAGGAACGGCGAACACGCAUGAUUGAACGGAUUGUUCUCUUCCUGCAGAAGGUCUGGAGGGGAACCAUAGCUCGACUUCGCUAUAAACGCACAAGAGCUGUCUACAUUAUCAUAAACCACUACAGGAGGUACAAAGUGAAGUCUUAUAUCCGGGAGGUAGGAAGGCGUUUCCAGAAUGUUGGGACCAUGAAGGAUUAUGGUAAACAUGUGAAAUGGCCAACUCCACCCAAGAUCCUACAUAAAUUUGAUGAAACACUGCAGUCUGUUUACCAAAGAUGGAGAGCACAUCUGCUUAUUAAGAGUAUCCCACCUGCUGACCUACCACAGGUCAGAGCAAAGGUUGCAGCCUUGGAAAACCUGAAGGGUCAGAGAGGUGAUCUGGGCCUCCAGAGAAGUUGGGAGGGCAAUUACCUGGCAACCAAACGGGAUAAUCCACAGAUGACACCUGCCUUCUCUGCAAGAGCUAGUGAAUUGAAGCGAAAGGACAAAUACAUGAACACACUCUUUUCCAGUCAUGUACGGAAGAUAAACAGAUUUAAUAAAUCUGAAGACCGUGCAAUUUUCAUCACUGACCGGCAUCUAUACAAAUUGGAUCCACUGAAGCAAUAUCAAGUGAUGAAGACCAUCCCUUUGUAUAAUGUUACUGGGGUGAGUGUGUCAACAGGAAAAGAUCAACUCAUUGUGUUUCACACAAAGGAUAACAAAGACCUCAUUGUGUGCCUUCAUAAAAUGCAGCCAGCCAAUGAGAACCGCAUUGGAGAGCUUGUGGGCGUUGUGGCCAAUCACUUCAGAAGUGAGAAAAGGCACUUCCAGGUGAAGGCGUGUGAUCCUGUUCAGUGUUUCAUGCAUGGCAAGAAGUACACCAUCAUUGUGGAGACCAAAAUCAACCAGUCACAGCCUGACUUCACCAAGACACGAUCAGGAUUCGUCCUUUCCUGGCCUGGAAACUAACAAAUGCCUUUUCUAGUCUUAUUCGGCACAAGGCCAGAAUGCCCUUCAAAUUCACCUGGAGGAAUUCAACAUUAGCGAUGGGAAAAGAGGCGUGUCUAGUUCACAUUUAGCAAUAUAAACAUUCAUGCUGCAGAAAUAUUUUCCAAUUGACAUGCCUCUUCUGACUGAUCUGCAUUAACCUCUUUGUUGCAUCUAAUACUCCUGUGACACUCCUUGACCUGCUAACAGCUGAAAUUGGCUUUUUCUCUUUUGUCUAUCAUAAGUCUUACCUCGAUCUCUUUAAUUAUGACAAUCAUGCACAGCAGGCUCUGGUCUACUUUUUCAGGGUUAUGGACUUUUGCACUCGCUAUUUAUUUUUUUAUUUAAAAAAUUUAACACGAUUUUAAUAAUGGAGAAAGAGAGGGAACAGAUUCUUCCAUAUGAAAAUGCUUAAUUAUUUUAAGUCUAUAAACUCACACACCAUUAUAAAAUGAACUAUUCUUGAGAUAACCAUCUUGAUUCAGAUGUCCAUUUAAUAUUCCAUCAAUUUAGGUUCAAAUUUCUGAUCAUCUUAUCUUUCUGAUUUUAUGAUGUGAGGCCAGACAGAGACUGUUGCAAUUUUGAUAUGAUAUCUGCAAAUCUGUGGGCCACAGUACAGUUUGACGACAUGCCAUAUGGCCUACCUUUUUCGUAUACUAUAUGCUAAAUAUGCAAAAAGCUUGAACUUGCAAGGUCUUUUUUCUUUGUUUUGAAUCUAGUUUUAAAGAGGUUGUGUCAUGUCAGUCACACUGUAUAAGUUUCAGUCAAACUUAGAGCCAAUCUUGGUUUUAUUGACUGUCAGGCUUGUGUUUUGCCACCCCUACCCCAACACUGCAAUAUACACAAAUAUAUUUACACAUUUUUUUAAGCAUUGUGCUGGCUUUUUCAGUUCAUAUGCUGAUGAAUGUGCUGUUUCUCACCAUAGCAUCUGCUAACAGUAGCACAUCCUGCUUGCUGAUGAAGUGAGACUUUCAACCAUUAACCUAUAUUCAUAGCCAGAAUUCAUUUUAUCACAAGAUUUGACAUUAUCUUUUUAAAUCCUCUUAUGGGGGACAGUUUGUUUCUCUGUUUUAAUUCCUCUUCCUUUAACUCUCCAGACCAGUGCCUCUGCUGUUGAAUGGGCAUACACAGAGUCUGGACACAGGCUAAGUUCAUUGCCACCUGUAGCUGGCUGCUAGGUGGUAAUAGGGACUGAUCACAUUUUUCCCCUUCCCACUAAUAUACCCUGGCCCCAUUAACUUCAGUGCCUCUCUAGUUGAUAAGGUAGCAAUCAUAAGAGCACAGGAGGACUGAAAUUUCCAGUUAGCCAGUGUACCAUGGCAGAUUUGCAUUUAUGCAAUCCUAAUUCAGCGUAAAUACUCACAAUGCAAAGCAAAUUUGCCUUGUCCAGUAGGUCUCCAUUUUCCAGUGCUAUAUCUCUAUUGGUCGGUAACAGGGAUAAGGCAUGACUAGUUUAGAUGCUUACCAUAGUUCUACAUACAUACAAAGGGAGAUUUUGGGUUCUGUGAUUUGUUUGUUCAGUUGACUCCUGCAAAGUGAACAAUUUGUCUCAAAUUUGUCUCAAAAUUGUCCUCACAUGUCAAAAGCCUGCAGGGAAAUAGCAGUGAUAAUUAUUCUUGUUGUGUACUGUUCCCUGAUUAUGGAAUAAUGUCUGCCACACAGCAAGUAAACAUGCAUGUUCCACUAGUUGUGGAAUAUUGUCUGUAGCAUAGUAGAUAAAGGAAGCGGGUCAAAUUCCUGCAGGGUUUCCCAAUCUCUGCCCGGAUGAUUGGCAGAAAUCUCCAGAAAAAUAACAGUAAUUCGUGCUGUUUAUUGAGGGUUUGGUGUGAAAGUUGCAGGGGGAGAUCAGAAGAAAAUCAAAGGAAGUUCCAGGUGAAAAUGCUAAGAGUCAGGCAAGGACUGAAAGUAAAACAAAAGCUUUUAAGUCUUACUGCAGAUCAUGUCUGGGGAAUAGAGCUGAAUUGCAUCCCCUUCAAGGUCAUUUAACUUGACCAGCAGCAUGGUUAGCUGUAAAAUUUGCUCAUGGAUUCCUGCAGUGCCAACUUCAUCUGUAGUAGAACUCUCUUCCUGAGUUAGAAAAUCGUGUCCUACUCCAGGAUUCAAAUUCAUUGGAGGAGUUGGAGGUAUGAUCUUUCAGAUGAAAGAGUAAAUCAAGGUCCUUUCUACUGCAUUCUGAAAAUGGAAGAGAUUCAAUGAAGGGCAGAUGGUGGUUCACUUAUUUACUGGCCAAUAUUAAAUCCUCAAUUAAUAGCAUCAAAAACGGAUCAAAUCGUCGUUUAUGAUGUUUGUUGGACCUUGCUGUGUAAAAACUGGGGUUUACAUUUGCUUAAAAAAGGAUGCAUUUCAUUGGCUAUUAACAGUUUAGGUCUAUCCUGGAAUGUGGAAAACAGUGCAGUAAUGCAAAUUACUCAUUCAUUCCUUCUGGAAUCUUGCAGCCCAGAAAACACACAGUCCUUUAAAAAUGAUGGCAGCUGGUGCAUAAAGAACCUUAUGCACAGCUUAAGUUUAAUCUUAAAUUGUUGAAAUUUCACAAGUGCAUUUAAACCACUUCCCUCCUGCAGGUCAAAGGCUUCAAUGAUAUAACUUCCUCUCAUUGCUAUUUUCUACUACAUUUUUCAAUUUAUUGUGAAAGUGGGCAGGUUUAAGCUGUGACUACUCAUUCGCUGGUCCUUUACCCUGUCGUCAAUCACCACACACUAAGCCAUGCAAUAGGCUCAUUGUCUAAUCAGUAACCCCAUCUGAUUCAGAUCAGUGACUGGAACUGCUGGACAGUAUGCCUUAUAUUAUAAUUUAAAAGUAACGGAAAACUUCACUGUAGUUCAGCUGAUUAUUAAAGGAACCCCAUUCCUUUGAGCAAAAAAUGUUCACUUAAAUAGACUCAACUGCACUAAUUUUUUUAAUAAUAGGAAGGUGAAUAGGAAUUAGAUUUCUGAAUCUCUAGUCUGUUAUUAUGUAGUUUAUGUAUAGUUGACACCAGAUAUGUUAAGCCACAUUUGGCAUAUGCUGUCCUGUAAGAUCAGAGAACUAUUAUAUCUUUCGUGAAGUGAAUCGUCCAGAAGGUUCACUCUGAUCAAUAGCCAUUUUUGGGAAGUUUGGUUCAAGCCACUCAUCGGAAAGGAGAUCAUGGAUUUUAUUAUUUUUCCACAGAACAAUCUUGGCAAAUCUGUAAACAUUGUUACUAAUUAAUGCUCAGCUAUGUUCCAAUAAAAGAAAUAAUGACCAAAGAUAUGGGUGUAUAUUGCACACACUGACACCUGCUUGUCAUUAGCCAAUCCUUGAUUAUUAUUUAUUGAGCUUGCACUAAAUGCUUGAUCCAUUUUCAAUAACCCGCAAUAUUGUAUGGAAUGGUCAAGGCUUUUACAACCUCUGAAGGAUUUUUUUUGCUUUUCAGAGCUCAUGUUUGAUGUCCUCUGCUGGAGGUUGAGCUGGUGAUUUUUAAAAUUUUAUUUACACUAAUGAACAGUUGCCUUAUUCUGAUAGAUUUUAUGCUUGCUGGUAUCUCCAAUAAUUGACGAAUCAAAUUCUACUAUUUCCACUUCUGCAGCCUGGUAACAAAGCUUGUAAACAAUUUAUUUUGAAAGUUUUCACCACCCAAAAGACUGUAAGGGUAUCAGACAUUGACAAAGCAAAUAACAUUCCUAUUUUUUUAUUACAAUGCAGGAGCUGAGGAGGUUACAAGGGACCUCUCAGUGAUACAUGUUAUGAUGGAGGGGAGUUGCAGUGCCACUGGCUGCAAGGAAAAAAAUUAGCUCAACAUUUUGUAUUUUCCCGCCUCCACUCUCCAUCACAGCCACGUGCCCACAUAUCAGGUUUGGUGAUGGGCAGGUAUCUAAGCAUGUUGGUUUUAGAUCUAACAUCCGAUUUCCCCUUAACAACUAUAUUCAUGAGAACAGGUGGGUUGGUUAAAAGAACACCAGAUAUGCAAUAAAUUGUGCCAGCAACACAAACAGUUGUUCAAGUGCCUUUAUAGUUAAGAAGUCAGGUCAUUGGAACAUGCACCUGAGAUCUUUUGUUAUUGGUGUCUUAGAUACUACCAAUUGUAAUAAAAUGGUGUAUUUAAUCACUGAUGUAUCAUGUAUAAAUCAGCUUUAUAUUUAGAAAUGUAAUAUUCAGAAUUCAAAUUAAAUCAAAUAUGGAUAAUUACAAUAUCAGGAGCAUAAUCUUUGGUCAUCAAAAGUUUCAUGAUGUUUUGCUUAAAUCAAAGUUUAUGGUGCAAUUUUAUUUGAUAUGCAAUUUUGAUUUGUAAAUUAGUAUUUCUGAGAAGUUUUGUCCCAGUGUAGCCUUGAUAGGCUAUUCAAUAAAUUACUUUAUUUUCACAAAUGCUUAAUA